AUGGUAGCUUCUAGUGGUUCUGAUGUUGUUGAUGUUGUUGUGGGUGAUACGAGAAUUGUGGAAGUUGAUGAUAAUUCUUCUAGGAUUGAUUCUGUAGUUUGUGAGAGUUCUUUCAUUAACGAUUACAUUAUAAUGUCAGUUGUGAAAAUUCGUAGCAUCUGUCUGAGUUGUGGCCAUAGGAAAUAUGUUUUGCAUAUUUUGGUUGUUAAGGUUGCUGACUUUGGAGUUUCAAGAGUGCAAGCUCAAUCUGGAGUGAUGACUGCAGAAACUGGAACAUACCGUUGGAUGGCUCCUGAGAGCAUUGUUGCAGCAUUUUUAACACUUGUCAUUGAACACAAACCGUAUGAUCACAAGGCUGACAUUUUCAGUUUCGGAAUAGUGCUAUGGGAACUUUUAACAGGAGAACUUCCAUACUCGUACUUGACACCUUUGCAAGCAGCUGUUGGUGUUUCUGUCUUAUCAGAGUUCAUGUCCAGAGGAAGUGUUUAUAACUUUCUGCAUAAACAAAAGGGUGCAUUUAAGCUUCCUGUUCUACUCAAAGUAGCACUUGAUAUCUCCAAGGGAAUGAACUAUUUGCAUCAAAAUAAUAUUAUCCACAGAGACCUGAAGACUGCCAAUCUACUAAUGGAUGAGAAUGAGGGUGCUGCAUUAUUGGUGAAGGCUCGUUGGCAGUGGUUUCGAGAAGAAUCCAUUGAACGACAUAAGGUUAAUGAGCAACGUAAGAGUUCUCUCCAGAUGUAG